AUGGCGAAUGACACAAAAUGUGCCAACUUGAGCUUUGUCAAUCCAGACAGUAUGAUCACGGAUAAUCUUCAGGCUAGACUUCUCCUGACUGCAGUAUUCUCCCUUGUCGCCGCCAUGACAGUGUUGGGAAACUUCCUGGUGAUUGCUGCUCUCAUCAGCGUUCGUUUCAAAUGUUUUGCGCCAAAAACCAACGACAGCAGUAAUAAAACACAGUAUCUGAUUAUUUCAAUGGCAGUUAGUGAUUUCGUUCUCGGUAGCAUGAUCAUGCCGUUUGGUAUCUACAGUGUAGUCAACAACAGACGAUGGGAGUUGGGCAGUACCCUCUGCAAUGUGAGGGAAGUCUUUGAUAUCAUCCUGUCUGCAGUGUCCUUUUUUCAUGUAGCCUGCAUGGCUUUCGACAGAUACUUAGCCGUAUGCUGGCCUCUCCUUUUUCGGACACUGACCCAGAAAACUAUCUUUCUGAUGAUUGGUGUGUGCUGGAUUGUCCCGACGGCUUUCGUAUUGGCCAUUGUACUUAGUGGAUGGCAUACUCAGGGAAUAGAACAUAUAGUACUAUGCUCUAAUUUGCAGAAAACUUGCAUAUUUGUCCAUAACAAGCAAUCUUUGUUAGUCAUCAUUCUAGUACUUUUAGACUGUCCUCUCGUUGCCACGUUCGUCAUGUACAUUCUUGUUUUGCGUGAAGUUAAAAAAUAUCAUAGGAGAAAGCCGGAGAUAUAUUUUCGUCAAGAACAGCCAGCGCUGCAAAGGAAACUAAAAGGCAUAACAGCUCACGGAGAAGAAAUCAGCCCAAUUGUAAGAGAACUCAAAUGUAACAAUAAGCAAAUCGAUUUGGCAGAAUACAAUGCGGAAAUGACAGAAGUGUCGCAGUGUACUCAUCAAUCAACAGGCGGUUAUGAUUCUGUUGACUCUGAUGUUUGUACUUAUCGACAAAAGCGGUCGAUAAAAACGACUGUCAGCAGACCAAGAUCCAACAUGAAAUCAAAAACGAUAUAUAUAUAUAUAUAUAUAUAUAUAUAUAUAUAUAUAUAUAUAUAUAUAUAUAUAUAUAUAUAUAUAUAUAUAUAUGGUAUUCGUAAAGUCUUACUACACUUUGUACGCUGA